UGAUGUCUACCGCGUAUUCUCCUGUUGCGAGACGAGCCCAGUUGCAUCCAUUAUCAAAAGAUAACACCUGUGGGACUGAUGCGGCUGAAGGCACCGCGCGUUCGAAGAUGGCUCGACGGCAUAGUGCUGUAAGAGCUAUGGCCGAGCGAAGCGAGGAAGAAGACGAGCUCGCGCGGAGAAUGCAUCAGGUAUUCUGUUUGAUGGAUACUGACGAUGGCGGAACGAUCGCGAUCACGGAGAUCGAAAGUCUGAUGCAAUUGGUGGGGGUGGACGUGUCAAUCGAGGAGCUCGAAGACUUGAUAAGCGAGGUCGACACGGACGGCAGUGGUGAGCUCGAAAAAGAUGAAUUUGUGGAGAUGAUGAGUCACAAACCAAAGCCGCCAAACUCAAUGCAUGAAGUGCUUCGUUGCUUCCGCCUCCUUGCUGGAAAGAACGGUCUCGGUUACGGAAAGAUCGACCAUCAGGUUCUCACAUCACAGAUGACCAAGAUCGGGAGAGACCCGAUGACCAUUGACGAGGCAAGGAAACUCACGAGACAGCUCGAACCCCUCAAGGACGGCACUAUCAACUACGAACGGUACGUGCUAAUGACGCUGAGGCAUAACAACGACGCUAACUCUGUGCCAAACUUGAUCGAGCCCGAUUCUUGGAAAGAGCAGAAUGAGAUGACGUUAAAGCGAGACAUGCACCUAGGCAUAACAACAGCGCCUUCAGAGGGUAGACACCCUAAAGCACAAAUGUCAGCGGGGCGCAAUCGUGCCCCAACAGAAUGUCAUGUGAUCGAGACGGAUAAAAAAAUUCACCGCGAGUUCUACACGAGCGGACGACCCAACAUGGCUCACGACCCCGAUUGUCCGAGCUUGGCCAUGGUCCAGGUGCCGUCUCAAAGCUUGCGUGGCGCUCCGCGCGUCGCCUCCCUCUCCCCGCCUAUCAAACACGCGUCCAAGUCCACGCUUAACAAGGAU